CUAGGUUCAACUGCAUUGUAUCUGCCCGUGAGGGCUGUCCCACGAUUUUAUCUCCUCUCCCAUGCCACAAUAACAUACAGCUAUCAUGACUAUCGAGACUAGAUUCCUCGACCCAACGGAGGGACUUCAAAUUUCAAAUUACACUGGUAUAUGCCAGUUUCCUUUUCUGCAGCAGAAUCUCUUUCCUGACACUGGUGGAUACAUCAACGGACGGUAUUGUGCGGUAGUCCCGAACCCAGGCGGACACGAAAAUUGCUGCGUGCCAUGCCCAGUGGCUAAUUGGAAAUAUGGAGACGAAUUGAUGGCGAAGACGAAGAUCCCGAGUUACAUUAGUGCCCUGAUUUUCCCUUUCGUUGUUCUUCUACUAUUAUCAUAUGCGGUGCUUCCGGCGAAAUAUUCGCAUCUGCAUUACUUGAGUGUUUCGUUUACCAUUGGGAUUUGUUGCAUGCAUGUCGCUUUUAUCAUACCACUGGGCGCAAAACCAGAGCAAUGCUACAACGAAAUCACACCAAAAGGCAUGCACGAUGACCUCUCGUGUGCCUUUACCGGCUCCCUUCUUCUUUUCGGAGGCUUCAAAGUUGUCGUAUGGAGUUUCAUCCGCGCCAUCGCCUUCCACCUCCAAGUCUGCUGGGAACAAGUCCUCGGCACAAAGUUCAUGUGGGGAGCCCUAAUCUGCGGCUGGGGCGUCCCAGCCAUCGGCACAACAGUCAUGCUCAUCGUCACCGGCGUCUCCUUCCGCUUCGGCGAAAUCUGCCACAUCAACAUGGAAAACAGCAUGUACGACUACUGGAUUCCCGCGCUGGUCUUUGCCGGCACAGCCCUCGUCCUUCAGUUAUCGACUAUGGCCUAUUGUAUCCGCGUAUACCUCAAGUCACUAUUUAACAGGGAACCCAGCGCUGCGACUGACGCGUUGCCGUCUUACGCUGCUAGUGUUCGCUCGAUCAAUGCUCGUCAGGCAUACCGGCGGAUCAGCAAGGUUUUCCGGCUGCAAUGGCGCGGCGUGGCAUUCGUAUUCAUCAUCAUUGCAAACACCCUCCUCUACUCCACCGUUUUCAUUAGUCUAGAUGCCACUACAAAACUAACACACGAAGUCGUCCAAAAGGCCUUCCCCUGGCUGCUCUGUCUCAGCUUUACAAAAGGAGAUAAGGAACACUGCAAGGACUACGCCGUCGAUAUCGGACCUGACAAAGAUACCCUCCUCGCUGUCCUCAUGUUCCUAUCUAUGGUCGGCCUGUGGAACGUUGCGCUUUUCGCUCGUCCGUCUAUGUUCACGGGCUGGCUCGUACUCUUCAGAAACGCAUUCAGCAAUCACAAGAAAUACGUCUCCGCAGACGCUAGAACCCUCCUCGCUACAUCCCCCGAACCCCACAGUUUCGAAAUGCUGUACAAAAGCAACACCACCAGCACCAACUCCAAAACCCUCGGGAACAAAACCCCAACCCCCCAAAACCCACUCUCCCCUCAAUCCCCAUCAUCAUACGACUGGGAGUCAGACAAGGAGUACAUCAAACGACCGCCCAUGAGCUUCUCGAGACCGCAUCCGACUGUGGCUUCGCCGCCGCCGAGGAUUUGGUCUCCGGUGUCCAGGGCCUCGGGGAUGAUUAGUCCUACGGGGCUGGGGUGGGGACCGAGGGAAACUUUUGCGGCGCCGAGUCGAGGGAGGAAUCCUGGGGUUGAGGGGGUUUGA